AUGGAGGUUGUGACAACAACACACUCGCAGGUGGUGUUCCCAGUGCUAACACCACCACACGCGCAGGUGGUGUUCCCAGUGCUAACACCACCACACGCGCAGGUGGUGUUCCCAGUGCUAACACGACCACACUCGCAGGUGGUGUUCCCAGUGCUAACACCACCACACGCGCAGGUGGUGUUCCCAGUGCUAACACGACCACACUCGCAGGUGGUGUUCCCAGUGCUAACACCACCACACGCGCAGGUGGUGUUCCCAGUGCUAACACGACCACACUCGCAGGUGGUGUUCCCAGUGCUAACACCACCACACGCGCAGGUGGUGUUCCCAGUGCUAACACGACCACACUCGCAGGUGGUGUUCCCAGUGCUAACACCACCACACGCGCAGGUGGUGUUCCCAGUGCUAACACGACCACACUCGCAGGUGGUGUUCCCAGUGCUAACACGACCACACUCGCAGGUGGUGUUCCCAGUGCUAACACGACCACACGCGCAGGUGGUGUUCCCAGUGCUAACACGACCACACUCGCAGGUGGUGUUCCCAGUGCUAACACCACCACACGCGCAGGUGGUGUUCCCAGUGCUAACACGACCACACUCGCAGGUGGUGUUCCCAGUGCUAACACGACCACACUCGCAGGUGGUGUUCCCAGUGCUAACACGACCACACUCGCAGGUGGUGUUCCCAGUGCUAACACGACCACACUCGCAGGUGGUGUUCCCAGUGCUAACACCACCACACUCGCAGGUGGUGUUCCCAGUGCUAACACGACCACACGCGCAGGUGGUGUUCCCAGUGCUAACACGACCACACUCGCAGGUGGUGUUCCCAGUGCUAACACGACCACACUCGCAGGUGGUGUUCCCAGUGCUAACACGACCACACUCGCAGGUGGUGUUCCCAGUGCUAACACCACCACACUCGCAGGUGGUGUUCCCAGUGCUAACACGACCACACUCGCAGGUGGUGUUCCCAGUGCUAACACGACCACACUCGCAGGUGGUGUUCCCAGUGCUAACACGACCACACUCGCAGGUGGUGUUCCCAGUGCUAACACGACCACACUCGCAGGUGGUGUUCCCAGUGCUAACACGACCACACUCGCAGGUGGUGUUCCCAGUGCUAACACGACCACACUCGCAGGUGGUGUUCCCAGUGCUAACACGACCACACUCGCAGGUGGUGUUCCCAGUGCUAACACGACCACACUCGCAGGUGGUGUUCCCAGUGCUAACACGACCACACUCGCAGGUGGUGUUCCCAGUGCUAACACGACCACACUCGCAGGUGGUGUUCCCAGUGCUAACACGACCACACUCGCAGGUGGUGUUCCCAGUGCUAACACCACCACACUCGCAGGUGGUGUUCCCAGUGCUAACACGACCACACUCGCAGGUGGUGUUCCCAGUGCUAACAAUACCACACUCGCAGGUGGUGUUCCCAGUGCUAACAAUACCACACUCGGUGGUGGUGUUCCCAGUGCUAACAAUACCACACUCGCAGGUGGUGUUCCCAGUGCUAACAAUACCACACUCGGUGGUGGUGUUCCCCGUGCUAACACCACCACACUCGAAGGUGGUGUUUCUCGUGUUUCAAGAAUCUCAAACCUCUUGA